AUGGAUCCAGGAACGGAAGAUCAAUACUUAAAACGACGCGUAACUACAGGAUGUUACGACGUAGAUGUUUCAAAUGCAAAUGAAAUAUGGAAAAGUGAAACCGUUCUCUUCUUUUACCUUCCUACCUUGGCAGCCCAAGUUGCUUUCAUGUUGUUAUCCACUCGUGUUUUGUACUACAUCCUCAAACCCUUAAACCAACCACGUCUUGUUUCUGAGAUUUUGGCAAGUGCAUCAUCUAUUCCUCUGUUAGCUUCUUUCAAUGCUCAUAUACUUGAAUUUCAAUAUCAUGCAUCCAAACUACAUGCAUACAUACAUGAUUACAAACAAAAACAAACUUUAGAUGUGAUGGGUAUUCUGAUAAGUCCAGAACUAUUUGGAUCAUCAGCUUUAUCUGAGGUUCUCACCCCUUUGAAGUCAAUCCUAACAACUGAAACAAUAUCAUACGUGGGACUCAUUUACACUGUCUUCCUGGCUGGUUUGGACAUGAAUUUUGACACAAUUCUACGAGGAAGAAAGAAGGCCACAAGCAUUGCCAUUGCUGGCGUUUUGAUUCCAAUGUUAUGUGGGGGUAUCAUACAUGCUUUGGCUCUAAAAUUGUACAAGGGACCUCCAGAGUAUUGGGCAAAUUUCGGCACGCCAAAGGCUUAUAUGUUUUGGACCUUAACUUUGAGUGUCACAGGUUUUCCUAUGGUUAGUCACAUUCUUGCAGAUCUCAAGCUCCUCUACACGGGACUUGGCAGAGUGACCUUAACAACAGCCAUGAUCAGUGACUUCUAUAAUUGGGUCAUGUUUGCAAUGUUGGUUCCAUUUGCCAUAAACGGUGGAAGUGCCAUAUACUCGGUGCUGAGCACUAUAGUUUAUGUGCUUUUCUGCUUCAUUCUUAUUCGUCCUUAUUUGGUAGAGAUAAUAGUGCGCAAAACGAAUCAGAAUGAGUGGGACAAUAAUGGGUUGUUCAUUGUGGUCAUGGGAGCAUAUGCUUCUGCAGCGGUCACGGAUCUGCUAGGGACACACCCUGUUGUUGGGGCUCUGGUUUAUGGAAUAAUGAUACCUCGUGGUAAAUUUACUCACUUGCUCAUAGAGAAAUCAGAGGAUUUUGGAGUUGUUUAUCUGGCUCCAUUGUUCUUUGGUAGCUGUGGCAUAAGGCUCAGAAUAAUAUAUGUCAUAAAAACUCAAGGUUUGGGCCUGGUGCUGUUCAUUUUGUUCCUCUCAAUCCUCCCCAAGAUUUUAAGCACUGUAAUAGCCACUCAGUUUUAUGGUAUGUCUGUUCUUGAUGGUGUGUCUAUUGGACUACUAAUGAACACCAAAGGCCUCCUACCAAUAUUAAUGCUCAACAGUGCCUGGGACAAACAGAUUCUGAGUGUGGAGUCCUUCUCAAUUUUGACAAUAGCUGUUUUAGUAAUGACCAUGGUGGUGCCUCUUGUCAUCAACGCUAUAUACAAGCCAAGAAAGCUAUACAAACAAAACAAACUCAAGACCCUACAAAACUUAAAGGCCGAAGCAGAACUGCGUAUAUUAGCUUGUGUUCACAACCCUAGGCAAGCCACAGGAAUGAUCAACAUUCUUGAAGCAUACCACACCACAAAACUCCCUCCUCUACGUGUGUUUGCACUUCAGCUUGUUGAACUAACGGGACACACAGCUUCCCUUUUUGUUUCCCAUGUGAAUCAGCACAACCCACAGCAAAGUGUUGGUGCACAAGCCCUCACCAAGGCACAGGAAGACUUAGAAAGCAUCACAAACAUUUUCCAAACAUACGCAGCUAUAAACGAGAGCAAUAACGUGGAGACCAUUGCAGCUGCAUCCUCCUAUUCAACCAUUCACGAGGACAUAUACAACGUGUCACAGGAGAAACAAGCCAACCUCAUUCUCCUUCCCUUCCACAAACAAUCAAACAUAGAAGGCAUUCUGGAGACAGCCAACACUGCAUUCCAAGAAAUAAACCGCAAUGUGAUGAGAGAUGCACCGUGCACUGUGGGAAUCUUUGUUGACCGAGGACUUGCCUCAUUGUUCAAAGUGAACUUGCGAGUGGUGAUGGUUUAUGUCGGUGGCCCUGAUGACCGUGAAGCCUUGGCCGUUGCAUGGAGGAUGUCAAAGCAUCAAGGGGUGCAACUGUCUGUGGUGAGGAUCCUUUUGUUUGGUGAUGCUGCAGAGAUUGAUGUGAUGUCACAUGUUGAGAAUCAUGGACUGUUAUCUGUGAUAGUGGACAGUGAGAAGCAGAAGGAGUUGGAUGAUGAGUAUAUGAGUGCAUUCAGACUGAAAGCAGUGAGCAAUGAGGAUUCUAUAAAGUAUUCGGAGAAAGAAGUUCGAAGUCGUGAUGAUAUUCCUGAAGUGCUUAAUGAGAUUGAUCAAGUUGGUUAUGAUUUGUAUAUUUUGGGACAAGGAGGAGGUAGAAACUGUUUGAUAUUAUCGGAGUUGAUGAAAUGGACAGAUUGUCCGGAACUUGGUGUGGUAGGGGACAUUGUGGCAUCGAAUAAUUUUGGUUCAAGCUCUUCACUGCUAAUUAUACAGCAAUAUGGGUUUGGGGGAAUGGUGUUUGAGAACAAUAAUACGACACAGCAGCCUAAGGAAGCAGUGGGUUCAAACAUUGAAGAUCCUGGGCCAGUUUUUGUGAAGGUACAAUGGCAUCAGUGA